AGUGACUUCAAAGCUGUACCCUAAACCACACUGGGGGUUUACAGAUGCACACAGACUAUCGGAAAAGGAGGAAGUGGCGAGGUGCUUUUACAUGAAUCAUCGGGGCCAUCUGAAGAAGGAAAAAAAGGGAUCUUAAAAACUAUAAAUACUCUCUUCACAACUGCUGGACCCCAAUGUUUGGACAACGCACAGGCAGCAACUAUGAAAGCUUUACUGUUGCUGCUGCUGGUUGCACAUUCCUGUGCUCUGCCGCUGCCUUCUGAGGACACGGAAAAUUGGCUGUUAGCAGAGAAAUACCUUCGCCGGUUCUAUGGCUUUCCAGCUGGUCUCCGUACAGGUCAGACAUCAUCGUCCAUGAAAUCCAAACUCAAGGAAAUGCAGAGAUUUUUCAACCUGAAGGUUACAGGAAAUCUGGAUGAUAACACGUUAGCCGUGAUGAAACAGGCCCGAUGUGGCGUACCAGACAUCGGGGAGUACAACCACUUUCCUCGAGACCUGAAAUGGGAAAAGAACAACAUCACAUUCAGGAUUGUGAAUUAUACACCAGAUCUGAAGAAGUCUGAUGUAGACAGAGCCAUCCGAAACGCACUGAAUGUUUGGUCUGAUGUCACCCCUCUGACCUUCAAGAAGUUGUACCACGGCAACGCUGAUAUUAUGAUUAGCUUUGGAUCAAAAGAGCAUGGAGACUACAACCCUUUUGACGGGCCUGAUGGACUCCUGGCUCAUGCCUACCCUCCAGGCCAAGGCAUCGGAGGAGACACUCACUUUGACGAGGAUGAACACUGGACUAAAGAUUCAACGGCUUACAACCUUUUCUUUGUGGCUGCCCAUGAACUGGGCCACGCCCUCGGUAUGUCCCACUCCUCUGACCCAGGCGCUUUGAUGUACCCCGUCUACUCAUACGCGACAGGUUUCCCUCUGUCUGAAGACGACAUUGAAGGAAUUCAGGAUCUCUAUGGGUCAAAUCCAAAUGGAAGAAAAGUGAGGCCAAAGCCUGACGCACCAGACAAAUGUGACCCCAAGUUAAGUUUUGAUGCUGUCACGGAGCUGAGAGGGGAAACCAUCAUCUUCAAAGACAGGUACUACUGGCGUCUUCAUCCCCAGAUGCCAGAAGCCCAGCAGACACUGAUCAAAUCCACAUGGCCGUCGAUCCCCAGCAGCGUGGACGCCGCCUACGAGAACCCAGAGAAGGAUCUAGUUUUCAUAUUCAGUGGCAUCAGAAUGUGGGCUCUGAAUGGCUAUACACUUGUGGAGGGUUACCCAAAGUACAUACACAAACUGGGCCUUCCCAAAUCAGUGAGGAAAAUUGAUGCGGCAGUGUACAUCAGAGACACGGGGAAAACUCUACUCUUCGCUGAUGAAGACUACUGGAGUUACGAUGAAGCAACAGGCGCCAUGGACAGCGGCUACCCAAGAUCCAUUGAGUUAGAUUUUCCUGGAAUGGAUGAUGAAGUUGAUGCAGCUUCGUAUCACUACGGAUACUUAUACUUCUUCCAUGAACACCUGCAGUAUGAGUACAGCUACAACUCGAGGAAGGUCAUCCGCAUCCUGAGGGCCAACUCCAUCCUCAACUGCUGAUUAUGUUGUCUUUAAAUGUCGGUUUAAUUUAUAAUAUAAAUAUUUGCGGAGGAUAACUAAAGUAUACACAUGAUGCAGUGCAGUGAAUGAGCAUGGGAAUGAAAACAGUGGAUAUUUUGUGGUUAUUUAAAAGAAAAAGUUUAUUUUUUAGUUGUGCUGGACACCUGCAGGAAUUAUAAUUUGUCAGAGACAGAAUGCUGGAAUAUUCCAUGGAUGUGUUUUUUUUUGG